AUGCAUGCGAGUGAGGAUGAGGAUGCUGAGCUCAGAAAUGCUCUGUACCGAUCAGCUCUUGAAUCUUCCAAAUUUGGGCCGCUUGGCCACCUAUGCAUGGAACCACUCCCCCAAGAGCUGGAAUCAGUAGUGCUAUAUCGGAGUGUUGAACUGGCACGACUUUGGGGGCAUGACACAGACACAUUGGUCUUCAUAGGUGCACCUCCAAAGCAGCCUGAUCAGGCGGCUGAAGCAUAUGGGCGUAUUGCAGCACAUUUUGUCCGUGCUCAUAGAAUUCACAGCAAGAACGUGCUCAACUUAGGUUCGGAAAAGCUUGGAGGGCUGCUUGCACCAACCUCUCAAUUUCGGACCGAGCGUCGUCUUAAGAACCAACGUCUCUUACUGGGCGGGAGACCAUCUGGCAUCAAAUAUUUGCUUGACUUACGACCCCCCAUUGAAGGCGAGGAAGCACUAGUCCUAGUUACUGAACUCAGCUGUUCGAGCGGCGUUUUGAGCUGGUUCAAAGCUCAACAGAAGUAUGGCAUUCCUAGAACCAUGGUAUGUGGUCAAGAUGAUAUAGCGCUAUUGCCAUUGCCAAAGCCGUCAACCCGUGUCAACUAUCGUGAUCAACAUCCAGAACCUCGGAAGAAGAAGUUGCAUACUACCCAACAGCCACACGGAGACCCAUCGCUCACGGAGCCACAAGAGGACGAUGCACCAAGCCAGGACAAGGAACCAAAACGGAGUCGCAUUGGCAAUUGGGAGGGUAUAUUUCCUACGGCGCCACCAAUUCUUGACGAAGCUGUCAACAACCAAGCAGAAUCUGAUCCUACUGCGAAUGCUAAUACCGAUAGAGAGCCUUCAGGACCUGGCACAGAUUCGGGGAUAAAUGCGACGUCAGAAGAGCAAGCCCAGGUACAGCCUGAAUACUCUCAGCUCCGGCAUUGGUCUUCAAUAGAACGGCUGCUUCAUGCAAUCGAGGGCAAUGAUCCAAUGUUAGACUCCGCACCUAAAUUAUGGAAUUUCGUCUCUAUGGCCAAGUUUUUUGGAUGUGCCAGCAAUGAGCGUAUCAGUGGGUGGGUUACGAAGUGGUUGUUCACAGCCCCCAAUCACAAUUUCAUACAGUGCAACCCAGAGAUCUGCUAUCGCAUUGGCCUUGAUAUUCAGUCUGAAGCUUUGCUCAAAGAUGCUUUCUCCAUACUUGUAGGAGAAAAGGCCUUGAUUAACGUGCAUCACGAACAUUCAGCAGUCCGGAGCCUAAACAUACAGAGCUCUGUCGCUGGUCGCAGGCUUGAGCUGCUUGAUGAUGACGACGUUAACCGCAUUGACCACGCUGCAAACAUCUUCAUAAAGCGGAUCCAGUCAACCUAUGAGGCACUAAUUGGACAAGAUAUGCACUGGCUGGAGCAGUCCACCGUCUUUAGCAUUCUUGCAAACUUCGUUGCACAUUCCAAUCGCGAGAAACAGAUUGCUCAGCAGUUGAAAGAACAAAUCAAGACCUUCGUGCGAGCAAGAGUGCUAUGGGUCUUGGCACGGAACUACGAAGGUGACAUGCCGGAAAUGGAACAGGCCCCGGAGAGUGUCCGGCCUUUCUAUCCCCACGCUUCUGCUCAAUUCUCCAGAUACACCGAGCUCGGCGAAGAAGAACGCAUUUUUUCUCGUUUCUUCUGGCUGGCACUUAGAAAAGAGGAUUUUGAAGUGGGUGAUAACGCUGUCUUUACUCUUCCCCUGAUUCGAAAUGGCUCUAGCUUACAAGGCGUGCCGUGUCCGGGAUGGAGCAGCUUGGCUAGAAAUUUACAAGGCGGCUCCACCAAAAACAAGUUGAUCCCGAUUGAAAGGGAUAAGCUGUGUGCGUCAGCUGCCAGCUUCAUGAAAAUCCUCAAUGAACGGUAUUGGAAGGGACGUUCAAAACAAAAGGAUCACGGUAGCUUCUUGAACAAAAUCCUGCACCCUCAGCGGCAAAAUGCAAACAGUAUACCCACUGAAGCACAGCCAAGAACGCCAUUCUGCCAAGCUUUGCCGGAUGAAGAGAUCGAGUUUGACAACCGCGCAUCAACCUCUGCUAUGCAGCAUUUCGAGGACUUACACCUGUCAAGCCCAAAGCGAGCCCGUGCAACAGACCCUAUGAGACACCCUACUGAAGAAAAACGAACUCGACUGGAUGUCUAUGGUAUGCUUGGCAGAAGCGACCAGACGAACAACAAGCAAACAGACCUUCCUAUUCGUGUUGCCGUACCUCAAGGCAUGAGCAACGCAAUGCCAGUAGAGGGACCGAGGUUGAUGAAAGUAGCCCAGUGGCAGGCUGUGGAAAGCCCAGAAGCACAUGAGCCCCGAUUUGCAUACGUGGAGACGGAAGUCUCUAUCAAUGAUAGCAGCCCAGCAUCUGACGAGAAGACUGAUGCAUGGCAACCUCUAUUCGAGGAGCCAGCUCACGUGAGAACAUUGAAAGAGAAGGGACCCGAGAGACCCAAUGGCCCAGACUACUACGACGAGCAUUCUUUCCCGAUCGAGAAACUGCUGAACGAAGUCACGCAGGCCGUAAGUAGGAUUUGUGAUGAGGUACUACUGGCCCCGCACUUCUUUCAGGACGAUGAAAUUCCUCCCACGGAUCUCAUUGACAGCUUGAUGAGUCUUACCGAUGAUGAGUGGAAAUAUCUCCCUCUUUGGGCGGGUGGAUGUGAUGAUGGCAGCGGUGGGGUGUUCAAUGACCUGGAACCACCAAUUCUUGAGGCAGGAGGAUUUGAUGGUGGCACACGUGGAUUAGGAUGUAGUAGGGAGAGCUCUGCUAUCGGCAGCAGCAGCAGCUGGAGUGAGAUUAUCAGUACGGUCGGCAAAGCCUCUAAGGAGGCGGUUGAUGGUACAGCGACCGAGACUGCCACCGUCCGAAGUCUAGAUGAUGUCGAUAUGGAUGUGAGAUCGCUGGAUGAUGAGUCGAGUACGCGGCAGCGGGAGACGGAAACGAUGGAGAGCAUGGGCUUUUCCUCGGCUUACGACCUUGAUGCCAACGACAAUAUUGAGAACCCGGACUCCAACAAUGACGAUGUUGAUCUCGAAGAGCCUGAAUGGUAUGAUUGCGAUAUGUGA